GAGGACCUGAUUUCACGUGAACUGCCAAAUCUAGGGAAACAGACCUUGUACUGCACUACUAGGGGCACAUAGAUGGAAGAGACCGAGUUUGGAUGGCUAAGAUUUUGAUGGGGACAUGACUAAUUUUUUAUUUUUACUAAUAUCUUUUUCUUCUCUACAGAGAAGCAGACUAGUAAUCAAGUCUCUCCACUCUGGAGCUGUUAAUUUUUUCCGCUAAGAGUAUAUAUUAUUUUUUGGAGAAAGUUUACUGGGACUGAAAUGAGGCAGUGAAGAACUCUACACUUGAUAUACAGUCAAUUACAGUAAGGGCAGAUUCUCACUCUCAGUCUGCCUGAACUGGGGAAAACUUAAUUCUUUGGGGUUUUUUUUUUUAAAAAAGACUCUCCUUCAAUGUGUCUGGAACUUUUGGGGAUUGGAGUCGGCAUGAAUUUUGGACUGCUUUUCGUGUCUCUCUGUUACCUGCCACUCAUCAGCAGUGAGGGAGACCCCAUUCCUGAAGAAAUAUAUGAAUUACUGCGUGACAGCUCAGUGCAUUCCAUCAGAGACCUCCAGCAGGUCCUGCAGAUAGAAUCCGUAGAUGAAGAUACCUCUAGUUCAUACAUGAAUUUUACCCAAAUGCAUGCUGGUGAAAAUCUUGUUCCUUUGUCCCGUGGAAGACGAAGUUUAGGUGGAGCAGAACCUAUUGAACCAGCGGUAAUUGCUGAGUGCAAGACACGGUCUGAAGUCUUUGAAAUCUCCCGGAGCAUGGUGGAUUCAACAAAUGCCAAUUUUCUUGUGUGGCCACCCUGUGUGGAAGUGCAACGGUGCACAGGCUGUUGCAAUACCCGAGCAAUGCAAUGUCGUCCCACGCAGGUUCGGGUGCGACAUAUCCAGGUAAACAAGAUUGAAGUUGCUGAAAAGAAGCCAGUCUUUAAUAAAGCAAUUGUAGCUUUAGAAGACCACCUGGCAUGUCGAUGUGAGCCAGUAUCACCCAGACUUCCCAGUCGAGAAAAUUCACGUGAGCACAGAGAUGAGCCCCCAGUAAGUGCUGUAACUUCUCUUCCAGCAAGACCAAGAGCACACAGGUUCCCACCACAAAAGAGGAAGCAUCGAAAGUUCAAACAUGUACAUGAUAAAAAAACAUUGAAAGAAAUUUUCCCAGCAUAAAAAUGCUGGUGGGCAGAA